AUGCAGGGCUUCAAUAUGGGGAGGUUAGUAUCAUCCAAACUUCCUACUGACCUGUACAUUCCCCUGACAGUACCAGGUACUAUCCCCCCGACGACACCGGCACCCCGACAAACCUCAACAAACAAACGCGCACCAAAACCAUCCCAACCGUCCGCUUCGAGAUGCCCUUCGCAAUCUGGUGCACAACCUGCACCCCCCACGAAACCAUAA